CGAGAUGCUGCGCCACCUGCUCCGCCACGAGAACAACAAGGUCUUCGUCCUGAUCCUGCUCUACUGCGUCCUGGUCAGCAUCCUGAAACUCUGCACGGCCCAGGCGGAUAGUUCAGUGGCCGCCAGCGAUAAUGAUAUUACGCAUCUCGGCGACGAUUGCCAGGUGACCCCCGUCAUUCAUGUGCUCCAGUAUCCCGGAUGUGUGCCCAAGCCAAUUCCCUCAUUCGCCUGUGUGGGUCGCUGUGCCAGUUAUAUUCAGGUAUCGGGCAGUAAGAUCUGGCAAAUGGAACGCUCCUGCAUGUGCUGCCAGGAAUCUGGGGAACGGGAGGCAGCCGUCUCGCUCUUCUGUCCCAAAGUGAAGCCCGGCGAGCGGAAGUUCAAGAAGGUCCUGACCAAGGCUCCGCUGGAGUGCAUGUGCCGGCCAUGCACCUCAAUCGAGGAGUCGGGCAUCAUACCGCAGGAAAUAGCCGGCUACUCGGAUGAAGGUCCCCUCAACAAUCAUUUCCGGCGUAUCGCUCUGCAAUAGAUCCCCUUUCAGAAUAACUUUCAUUAACAUUUGCACAUUAAAAUAAAUUAAAAUUGCCGUAUCUGCUUGUACACAG